CUCGGCGGUCGCGUAGCUUCUGACGCCUCAGACAUCAUGGCGGCGGCCGAGAGUGGUAGCGAUUCGCAGCAGAAAAGGAGAAGGCGCCGGGACCCAGAGGAAGCAGGGAAAACGGAACUCAGCGAGCGAGAACUAGCAGUGGCGGGGAGCGAAGAAAAUGAUGAUGAGAAUGAAGAGCGCUGGGUUGGGCCUUUACCGGUGGAGGCAACACUGGCCAAGAAGAGGAAAGUUUUAGAGUUCGAAAGAGUCUAUCUUGAUAAUCUCCCCAGUGCAUCCAUGUAUGAGCGCAGUUACAUGCACAGAGAUGUUAUCACACAUGUGGUGUGCACCAAGACAGAUUUUAUUAUCACUGCCAGUCAUGAUGGCCAUGUUAAAUUUUGGAAAAAAAUAGAAGAAGGAAUUGAAUUUGUUAAACAUUUCCGUAGUCACCUUGGAAUUAUUGAGAGUAUUGCAGUUAGCUCUGAGGGAGCAUUGUUCUGUUCUGUGGGUGAUGAUAAAGCAAUGAAGGUGUUUGAUGUAGUGAACUUUGACAUGAUCAAUAUGCUGAAGCUUGGCUAUUCUCCUGGACAAUGUGAGUGGAUCUAUUGCCCAGGAGAUGCCAUCUCUUCAGUUGCUGCUUCCGAGAAGAGUACAGGAAAAAUUUUUGUUUAUGAUGGUCGAGGAGAUAACCAACCACUUCAUAUUUUUGACAAACUGCAUGUGUCACCUCUCACUCAAAUCAGACUAAACCCAGUUUACAGAGCAGUGGUGUCUUCUGACAAAUCUGGAAUGAUUGAGUACUGGACUGGACCUCCGCAUGAAUAUAAAUUUCCUAAAAAUGUGAACUGGGAGUAUAAAACAGACACAGAUUUAUAUGAAUUUGCCAAGUGUAAGGCGUAUCCAACCAGCAUAUGCUUUUCACCUGAUGGGAAGAAAAUAGCAACCAUUGGAUCAGACAGAAAAGUUAGAAUUUUCAGAUUUUUAACCGGAAAACUCAUGAGGGUCUUUGAUGAGUCAUUAAGUAUGUUUACUGAACUGCAGCAGAUGAGGCAACAACUACCAGACAUGGAAUUUGGCCGACGAAUGGCCGUGGAACGUGAACUGGAGAAGGUGGAUGCUGUCAGAUUAAUUAAUAUCGUUUUUGAUGAAACUGGACACUUUGUGCUGUAUGGAACAAUGCUGGGCAUUAAAGUAAUAAACGUAGAAACAAAUCGGUGUGUGCGGAUCUUAGGCAAGCAAGAAAAUAUUAGAGUGAUGCAACUGGCUUUGUUUCAGGGAAUAGCCAAAAAGCAUCGAGCUGCAACUACAAUAGAGAUGAAAGCUUCUGAAAACCCUGUUCUUCAGAAUAUUCAAGCUGACCCAACAAUAGUCUGUACGUCUUUCAAAAAGAAUCGCUUUUAUAUGUUUACCAAACGAGAACCAGAAGAUACAAAAAGUGCAGAUUCUGACCGCGAUGUUUUUAAUGAGAAACCUUCUAAAGAAGAAGUCAUGGCAGCUACUCAAGCUGAAGGGCCAAAAAGAGUGUCAGAUAGUGCCAUUGUCCAUACAAGCAUGGGAGACAUUCACAUCAAACUUUUUCCUGUUGAGUGUCCCAAGACAGUGGAGAACUUCUGUGUUCACAGUAGAAAUGGUUAUUACAAUGGGCAUACGUUUCACCGUAUAAUUAAGGGCUUCAUGAUUCAGACAGGAGAUCCAACAGGUACUGGUAUGGGAGGAGAAAGCAUAUGGGGAGGAGAAUUUGAAGAUGAAUUUCACUCAACCUUACGACAUGACAGACCAUACACACUCAGCAUGGCUAAUGCUGGAUCAAAUACGAACGGAUCCCAGUUUUUCAUAACAGUGGUACCAACGCCUUGGCUUGAUAAUAAGCACACCGUGUUUGGUCGAGUGACCAAAGGAAUGGAGGUUGUGCAGAGGAUUUCCAAUGUUAAAGUCAAUCCCAAAACAGAUAAGCCUUACGAGGACGUCAGCAUCAUAAACAUCACCGUCAAGUAAACCGUUCUGUUACAUUCACAAGUAAAGGGGACUUAGAAUACAAGACUGUUUCACAUUUGGAAGUUUAAUACUUGCUGAACAUGCAAAUCAUGUUUUAAAAGAUACAAAACUGUAUUUUUGUAUUUUUAGUUAAACGCCACUUUUUAAAACUGCCUUGAUUUUUUUUUUUUUUUAAUAUUUCUGAUCCUGAGGGAUGACAAAUUGAAAUGCACUAAAUUAAGGCAAAUAGCAUUCCUUAUAGGUAAGUUCUCUUAUUACAACUCAAAUUCAGUAUUUAUAUAAUGGGUUGGUACAUAUUCUCUCUUUUUUAAAAAACAUGCCUUGAAGGUUUAGGGAUUCUUAAAAAAAGAAAAGUCAAAUUCCUUAGUAUUACAAAAUUCCCUGUCAAAUGAAAGUAUCACAUGACUACUUGAAUAUUUUUUAAUGAAGUUUCCCUAUUUUCAUUUGUUUUUCCUAAUGUAACCAAGUAAUCUAUCUUCUACCAAGUUCUAUCUCAAUUCAAUCUUAAGUAUGCCAUCAAGAAUAAGCUUAGUACCUACCAGUAGAUAUUAAUAAAGUGGAGCAGUAAGCUGGGUGAAGUGGUAUGUGCCUGUAAUCCCAGCACACAAGAGGUAGAGGCAGGAUAAUAAAUUCAAGGCCAGCCUGGACUAUAUAAUGCCCGAAGACAAACAAAUUGUAACAGUAAAAUGAGUUUAAAGUCUUUGUUGAUAUUAUUUUUCACCUCCCUUUCCCAUAACUGACUGCUAACAACAACCAGUUCUGGCUUCCAAACAGCCUCCUUCAGAGACUUAGAGGGGACAUCUCAGCAGAGCUGCUUCAGGGGCAUCAUUUCAUUUUGUAUGGAGAUGAGACCUAGAACACUGAAAAGUAUGUCCAGUCGUGCCUUGCAAGUGAAAUGUACUUUCCUUUUAAAAAGAAUUUGAGCUUCCUCCAUUAAGGACUUUGUUACAUUUACCUUAUUUCUUAACUCAGGGGUUACAAUUAUCUAACCUUUUUCUAAAGGCUUCUAAAGCCGUAAUGUAAGUUUUUGGUAAUACUGCCAUCAAGUGGUAAUAAUGCCUCACUCCUUAACAUUCAAGUAUUUCACUUUAAGUGAAGAAUCACAUGCACCUAAUGAAUUUUGUUUUCAUAUUGUUUUGUUUGAAAUAGGAACUUAUGUGUCCUAGGCUAGCCUCUGUGUAGCUGGUGAUUUCGAGUCCUAGGAUCACAAGUACAUACCAUGAUGCCCAGCUUAUGCAGUUCUCUUCAAGCUUGAACUCAGAGCCUUGUGCCUAUGCAAGUACUCUACCACCUGAGUUACAUCCCAGUCCUUAAAUUACUGAUACCUGAUCACAGUUAUUGUUUUCUCCUGUAUUCUUUUUUGGAGGCAUAUAGAUGUGCAUCAGUCUUCCCUGUUAUCAUUUUGUAAAAUGAGAACUUUUCUAAUGUUAUACAAGCAUUAAAUAAGUAUUUUUUAAUAUUGAGAAGUUUUUCAAACCCACCCCAACUCCCUUUCCUAGUGGUGAUGGCGAUGCAGUGUAGGGGCUUGUUAAGCAAGUUCUCUACCAAUGAGCCACAUCUCCAGCCCAUAAACCACUGUAAUUAUAAUGACAGUAAUGGACCAUGUAAGUGAUCAUUUUAAAUGUUCUUUAUUCUCCUGUGAAGCAAGCUUAAAUUUAAAUCAACCUUUGAAAAUCUCAAAUUUUUUCACUUUUGUUUAUUGCUACAAUUUAGAUCUUUCAGUUUCUCCUACCUUUUGUUUAAAUGUGAUUUAUAUAGAGAAUAGCCUAUUUCUAAACCUGUAAUAUCAAAUAAACUCUAUCUCAAAUGUGA